AUGGCGGCGCUGAGUGCAAGGCUGUGUCAGCUCUCAGCCCUCAGGAGGCCGGGCCGCACAGCCAUUGCAGACAUGCACGGAAAAGUUGCACGCUCGGGUUACCUGGUCCCUGCCCAGCUCCGGCGUUCACUCGCUCGCACCCGUGGAAGCACAGACCCUGUAUUUCACAACUUUCAACACAAUCGUUUUCUUUUCGUGUUCUUCUUGGUUUUCUACUUCCAAGGCCCAGCAGAGGGGGCGUCCGAGAGGAGGGGUGGGGGCCGCAGACCCACCCCAGGGACUCUGGGGCAGACGGUAGCUCCUCCCACUGAGAGCACCCCCUCUUUUUCGGAACCCCCACUGCCUACCCCACCCCUAGGCCUGCGACCGGCAGGGGCUCUGCGGAGGCCGAGCCGGGCGGGGCGGGCCGCAGCCUGUGCCACCCCUACGGCGCUGAGCCCUCGCGCUCCCCGGACACCGCGGGCCCCGGAGCUGAGGACAGGCUCCGCAGGAACCGGCACCCUGGGGCGGCGCGCAGAGCUGGCGACGGGCGGCCCGCGGAGCCCCCGGAGCGCACGCGCGGGGCUGCGCCUGGUGCUGCUGCUGCUGGGGCUGGUGCCGCCGAGCGCUGCAGAGAGUCCCUGGGGGCUGCCCGUCGUGGCCGAUGGGCCGGCGUCCGUGGCAAAGGAGGUGAUGGCCCAACUGGCCACCAUGAAGUUAGAAAACAAGCCAUGGCCUGGAGGGACCCAUUCUCUCCACUACCACUACCUGGCCCUGUCGGAACCGGGCUCGGACCUCCCCGACUUUCUGGCCGUGGGCUACGUGGACGACCAGCCCUUCAUCCGCUACGACAGUCGCCUGGGCAGGGCCAAGCCCCAGGCCCCGUGGGUGGCACCCAUCGAGGCCCAGUACUGGGAGACAGAGACCCAGAAGCAGCGGGCCUGGGAGAAGGUGCAGCAGGUGGAGAUGUGGACCGUGAUGGGCUACCACAACCAGAGCAGCGCCCCAGCCCCUGCCCCGGUGGGUGGUGGGCGUCUCCCCAGAGGCCGGGGACCCCGCCCUGGCGCCCCCGGUGCACAGCCUUCCCGCCCGGCCUGCUCAGGCCUGCACAGCGCCCAGCGCACGUUCGGCUGCGAGAUCCGGGCGGACGGCAGCACCGGCAGCUUCUGGCAGUUCGGCUUCGACGGGCAGGACCACCUGACGCUGGACCUGGAGACGCUGAGCUGGGUGUCCGCCGAGCCCCUGGCCGUGCGCACCAAGCGCUGGUGGGAGAUGGAGCGCUGCUACGCCGAGUACGACAAGGCCUACCUGGAGGGGCUCUGCCUCAGCUCCCUGCGCAGAUACCUGGAGCUGGGCGGCCGGAGCCUCACCCGGCGAGACCCACCCAAGGUGCAAGUGACGAAGCACCUGGACCAGGAUGGGGGUGCUGUGCUGAAGUGCUGGGCCUUGGGCUUCUACCCAAAGGACAUCACACUGAGCUGGUGGCUGGGUGGGGAGGAGCUGGCCCUAGAGACCGAGCGGGUGGAGACGCGGCCCAGUGGCGAUGGCACCUACCAGACAUGGGCAGCCGUGCAAGUGCGCAAGGGGACGGCAGAGUCCCACUACUCUUGCCACGUGCAGCAUCCCGGCCUGAACAACACACUCACUGUGGUCUGGGAACCCCCUUCUUGUUGCGGACCCACCACUGUGAUCAUCAUUGCCAUUUUGGUCACCGCCCUGUUGGUGGCUGGAGUUCUGGUUUGCACAGCUUGGCUUCGAGCCAGGAAUAAGGCAUCUUACAAUCAAGCCCCAGGUGGAGAGGACCUCCAUGAAUCCCAAGGGCCAGCGAGAGAAGAGGCUGCCCAGCAUCUCUGCUGAUGGACGUUCACUGCUACAAGACCAAGGAGGGGUUUUGUGGGUGUUUGAGGGGCUGGAGGCCCCCUAUACUGACUGGCUGACAGCUGCCACUUGACCAUGAAGUACCCACCCCUUUCCAAACCUGAGCUCUCCUCACCCCCAUUAGCCUACUACAGGCAGUUAAGCAUUGCCAUCCUUCUGAAGGCCUCUUAAACAAAUCCAAUUGGUUCCUGUUGAGGUUGGAGGAGGGUUUCAGUUUGCUAAAGCUGCUGGAAUGCAGUUCUAAGGCCAUGAAAAUGUCCAAAUUAGGGCAUCGACAAGAGGAUACCUUCUCUGAAGAAAGGCUGCCAGCAUCCGAGGUUCCUCUGUCCCAUGGG